UUUGUUUCUAUGGGUGGUGCAAUGUACCCUGCAGGCAAGGAUGGCAGCAAGGUAACGACCGUGGUGGCGACUCCCGGUGCUGGUCCAGAUCGUCCCCAAGAAGUCGCGUACACCGACACCAAGGUCAUCGGCAAUGGCAGCUUCGGCGUGGUAUACCAGGCCAAACUCUGCGAUUCGGGCGAGAUGGUCGCGAUCAAGAAGGUUCUCCAGGAUAAGCGAUUUAAAAACAGAGAAUUACAAAUUAUGCGACGCCUCGAGCACUGCAACAUUGUGAAACUCAAAUAUUUCUUUUACUCUAGUGGUGAUAAGAAGGACGAGGUUUAUCUCAAUCUAGUCCUGGAAUAUAUACCCGAAACUGUGUACAAAGUCGCUCGACAUUAUAGCAAAAGCAAGCAGACGAUACCAAUCAGCUUCAUUAAGCUGUAUAUGUAUCAACUGUUCCGUUCGUUGGCGUACAUUCACUCGUUGGGUAUCUGCCACAGAGAUAUUAAGCCGCAAAAUCUACUCUUAGAUCCAGAUACCGGUGUUUUGAAGCUAUGCGAUUUUGGUUCGGCUAAACAUCUAGUGAAAGGCGAGCCCAACGUGUCUUACAUUUGCAGUCGCUAUUAUCGUGCACCUGAGCUCAUCUUUGGUGCUAUCGAUUAUACUACAAAGAUCGAUGUUUGGAGCGCAGGUUGCGUGUUGGCAGAACUGCUGCUAGGCCAACCGAUUUUCCCUGGCGAUAGCGGUGUUGAUCAGUUGGUAGAAAUUAUCAAAGUUCUUGGUACGCCUACGCGCGAUCAGAUACGUGAGAUGAAUCCCAAUUAUACUGAAUUCAAAUUUCCACAAAUUAAAUCGCAUCCUUGGCAAAAGGUAUUCAGGGCGCGCACCCCGCCGGAGGCGAUGGACCUGGUGGCGCGGCUGCUGGAGUACACCCCGUCGCUCCGUAUGACGCCGCUGCAGGCGUGCGCGCACUCCUUCUUCAACGAGCUGCGCGAGCAGGGGACGCGGCUGCCGAGCGGUCGUGAGCUACCGCCGCUCUUCAACUUCACCGAGCACGAGCUGCGCAUCCAGCCGGUCCUCAACAGCAUGCUGAUACCCAAGUACAUGCAGUCGUCGGCCGCCACCGCUACUACCACCGGUACGGAGGGGAAUAAUCCUGGCGGAGGUGUGGGCGGCGGAGGUGGUGGCGGUCAAUCGGACGCCGCCGCCAGCGCUAGCGGUAACUCUAAUGAUAAUAGCGUUACCAGUCCUAUCACCACCACCAACACCAUCAGUACCAAUACACAGAACACUGACUCCAGCCAAUCAAACAUGGCUUGAAUCGCUUCGCUCUUCUUUUCCUCAUUUUUCUUUUUUUUUUCUUUUUUUUUCCUUUUUAACGUUGUCAAGAAGGAAGAUCAGAUCGCAGCGGAGUUAUAUGACGAAUUAUCUUCUAAUUAUCUUCUGACGAGGAUGUCCAUGUUGUAAAUGCGAUAUACGGAGUGUCCCGUUUUUUUUAAUCGAUCGCCGUCAAUUUUCUUUUUAUUGAUACAGGACAUUGUACAACAAAAUGUUUUGAACGAACAUUUGAAGGGGGACAGAAGAUCUGGUGCUACAGACUUUUCUAAAGGGUGCUUUUCUUGAUUCUUCGCAACUUUCGCAACUUUCGGCACAAGAAGUUAGAUGAUCAAAAAAUGAAUAGUUCAUGAGAUAUUUUAUAUUUAAAUUUGAUGU